UAUAUGCCUGAAUGUCCAGUCCAAUUGCUGGGACGUGAUAUGCUAUCAAAAUUACAAGCGCAGAUUACGUUCCUACCAAAUGGAACAACAUCCUUAAAGUUUAAUGGACCUUCAGGUAUUAUGACAUUAUCCGUACCAAAGGAAGAAGAGUGGCGACUUUAUACAGCGUUGACUAGCCAAAACCCUAGGAGUGAUGAGUCAUUAUUCAACAUACCAGGAGUUUGGGCAGAGAACAACCCACCAGGACUGGCCUGCAAUAUUCCACCUAUAAAAAUUGAACUAAAACUUGGGGUUUAUCCAGUAAGCCUAAGACAAUACCAUAUCCCGCAGAAGGCUAAGAAGAACAUCCAAUCUUAUCUGGAUAAGUUCAUACGGUAUGGUAUCCUAAAAUUCUGUACUUCCCCCUGGAACACCCCAUUGCUGCCUGUUCAAAAGCCCGGUACAGAUGAGUAUCGACCUGUGCAGGACUUGAGAGCAGUCAAUGAUGCGGUUGUUAGUAUACAUCCAGUUGUACCCAAUCCAUAUAACCUGCUUGCUUUAAUUCCGGGCGGGGCUACUUACUUUACAGUCUUAGACCUCAAAGAUGCCUUCUUUUGCCUCCGAAUUGCCGCAGAAAGUCAAUGUAUUUUCGCUUUCCAAUGGGAGAACGCUGUAACGGGCUCAAAACGCCAAAUGACCUGGACAAGACUGCCCCAAGGGUUUAAAAAUUCACCUACCCUAUUUGGUUCAGCUCUAAGUCAAGAUCUACUGGAUUUCGAGUCCAUCCCAGGAGAGUGUGUAUUGUUACAGUAUGUAGAUGACUUGUUGAUAGCAGCAGUUACAAAAGAAAUCUGUCAGCAAGCAACGCACGAUCUACUACACAUUCUCUGGAAGGCAGGAUACAAGGUGUCUAGAAAGAAGGCUCAGUUGUGUUUGCCAACUGUCAAAUAUCUGGGAUUCCAUAUCUCUGAAGGUCAAAGAAUUAUGGGGCCAGAGAGAAAAGAAGCUGUGUGCCAAAUACCGAUACCCAAGAAUAGAAGACAAGUGCGAGAAUUCUUGGGGGCAGCAGGCUUCUGUAGGAUAUGGAUUCCCAGCUACGCGAUACUGGCAAAACCUCUGUACGCAGCUAUCAAAGGUACAGAGCACGACCCCUUCUUAUGGACCCAAGAACAGCAAACGGCAUUUGAAGAUGUGAAGAAGGCUUUGAUGAGUGCCCCAGCAUUAGGUCUACCUGAUCACACACGACCAUUCUACCUGUAUGUACAUGAGCAAAGAAGAAUGGCUGUGGGAGUAUUGACACAGUACUUGGGAUCAUGGCAAAGACCUGUUGCCUACAUGUCUAAGCAAUUGGAUGCAGUGGCCAGCGGACUUCCACCUUGUCUAAGAGCCGUAGCUGCAGCCGCCCUGCUAGUAGCUGAAGCCGAUAAACUCACUCUGGGUCAAGAACUUUAUGUACGAGUCCCACAUGCAGUACAGACGUUGUUGGAUUACAAAGGAAAUCAUUGGUUUAGUAACAGCCGUAUGACCAAGUAUCAAGCAAUGUUGUGUGAAAACCCAAGAGUGCAUUUAGAGACUGUAAACACCUUAAAUCCAGCUACCCUUUUGCCACAACCUACUGAAAGUCAACAUGAUUGUUUGGAAGUAAUGGAUGAAGUAUUCUCAAGUAGACCAGAUCUUCGUGAUUUUCCCAUCCAGAACCCCGAUGUUCAAUAUUAUACCGACGGCAGUAGUUAUGUGAAAGAAGGGAUCCGCUAUGCAGGAUAUGCAGUGACAACAAUAGACAAGGUGAUAGAAGCUCGGCCACUGGCGAAAGGAACAUCAGCACAAAAGGCAGAAUUGAUAGCACUGACACGAGCGUUACAAUUGGCUGAAGGUUUAAGAGUGAACAUCUACAUGGACUCCAAAUAUGCGUUUUUAACCACUCAUGCCCACGGAGCUUUGUAUAAAGAAAGAGGACUACUGAAUUCAGAAGGCAAAGAAAUCAAGUACGCAGCUGAAAUCCUACAACUAUUGGAAUGCCAAGAUAAACAUCUUGACAUAUUUGGCCCUUUGGCCAAACUGUUUGAUCUGGCUGAAAUCGCCAGAGCCGGGAACCGGCAGGUUGACCCGGAGGAACUCUGUGGUUGGGUGCAGAGGGCUAUCUGCAUUGCGAGCAGUGUAAAUGCCUCCCUGUCCAUUGAAAGGCGUAAAGCCAUUCUGUUCAAAAUUGAACCCAAACUAGCCAACCUCGCCCUCACAGAGGCAGGCAAGGAUGCCCAGGGCCUCUUAUUUGGGGACUCUUUUAUUAAGGACCUGGGGCGCUUCGUGGGUGCAUUCACGGCCCUAGAUAAAGCCCAAUCCUCCAUGGAGAGGGUGUUUCAGGGGCGGGUCUCUACCAGGGCCAGCAGAUUCAGGGGUCGUCUGUCCGGCCGCUCCAAUUACCAUGCCUGUGGAUCAGGACGAGGCUCCUACACUCAGAGAACACCCUACCAGGAGACGAGACAGCAGUCUCCUUUCUUCCCCUCUCGUGGAAUGCCAUGGCGCUCCAGAGGCUUCAGAGGGAACCCCGGUUCCAGACGCCCUUACGUUCGGGGGUUUCACAUCGAACUAGUCGACAAUCCAUGUCACGUACCCCCGCCUCGCCCUAUUUUGCUUUCUACAACCGACCGCGCCUUGAUAGACGCAGAACUAACAGCGGUCCAUGCAAAAGGGGCGACAGAGCUGGGCCCGGUGUCCUCCACAGGGGUGAUCAGCAAUAUUUUCCUAGUGGAAAAGAAAGGCGGACAAAUGCGCCCUGUUAUCAACCUCUGUGCCCUAAACACCCUGGUGCGCUAUCGGCACUUCAAAAUGGGCAACCACCUCCUGCGAGACUUACUCCUUCAGGGAGACUGGAUGGCAAAAUUGGACUUGAAGGAUGCCUACCUGACGGUCCCAGUGGCUGAGUCUUCCAGGGACCUGUUACGUUUCCUCUGGAAGGGAGACACCUGA